AGAACAAGAAGAAGCCGAUAUCAAGCAAGGAACUAUUGAUAAUUUAGAAGAAAAGAUUAGAGAACAAGAAGAAGCCGAUAUCAAGCAAGGAACUAUUGAUAAUUUAGAAGAAAAGAUUAUGGUACGAGAAGUAUCCAAAGACAAGCAAAAAAUUAUUAAUGAAUUAGACGAAAGGGUCAGAAAUCUUGAAUUAAUCAUUCAUGAUACUAAAAAAGACGACAUCUAA